AGCCGGCUGCAUGGCGCGCUGCGAACGGCUGCGCGGCGCGGCCCUGCGCGACGUGCUGGGCCGGGCGCAAGGGGUCCUUUUCGAUUGCGACGGGGUACUGUGGAACGGCGAGCGCGCCGUGCCGGGCGCCCCGGAGCUGCUGGAGCGGCUGGCGCGGGCUGGCAAGGCGGCGCUGUUCGUGAGCAACAACAGCCGGCGCGCGCGGCCCGAGCUGGCCCUCCGCUUCGCGCGCCUCGGCUUCGGGGGGCUGCGCGCCGAGCAGCUCUUCAGCUCCGCGCUGUGCGCCGCGCGCUUGCUGCGCCAGCGCCUGCUCGGGCCGCCGGACGCGCAGGGCGCGGUGUUCGUGUUGGGCGGCGAGGGGCUGCGGGCCGAGCUGCGCGCUGCGGGGCUGCGCCUGGCGGGGGACCCCGACGAGGACCCGGGCUCGGCCCCGCGCGUGCGCGCCGUGCUGGUGGGCUACGACGAGCACUUCUCCUUCGCUAAGCUGAGCGAGGCCUGCGCGCACCUGCGCGACCCCGACUGCCUGCUGGUGGCCACCGACCGCGACCCGUGGCACCCGCUCAGCGACGGCAGCCGGACUCCCGCCAAGCGCCCAGCGCCGGCCAGGCCCACCAUGCCGCCCCCCCAGGUCUCCAGCACCCGCGGCUCCCCUCCAGCCCCACCCCCGCCCCCUGGCUCUGGCAGCCCUGUGACCCCCCGGGCUCUGCCCCGCCGUCUGGUUGGCAGCAGCCUCCGGGCCCCCACGGGUCCUCGGGUGACAGGCUGCCUCUAG